AUGGAGCCGUUGCAAGAGAAUAAAAGUGGGCAAAAUGAGCUGAAUAUCACAGAAAACACUUUGAAGGUGAGAGGGCUUUUGGGAAGUUAAAGGGUUUAGAGAAAAGGGAGGAUUCUGGGAACGAAAAAGAGGUUCUGAGGUUUAGGUUUCUAUAAACAUAGUUUGAUCAAAAAUUCAGGGUUCAUAAAAAAGUUUUGAGAAAGAAAAGUUUUAUUUUUUAAAUCCAAUUGAAAGAUUCUGAACAUUAAUCAGCUGAUUUUCAAAAUUAAAAAAUUAGUUAAAGUUCUGAAUUUAGAGGUUCACCUCAGGCUUUAUAAUUAGUUAUACAAAUAUUUUUGAACUUAUCAGAAACAGGAAGUCAUAAAGACCGUGUUCUAAAUUUGUAAAGUAUAAUUUUAUUUAAUUACUAUGUCUGAAAAGUUUAAGCCAAUUUAAAUCAAUACUUGAAAUUUAAGCUAUAUCUACAAAUGUUUUCAGGAAGAUGAGACUUCGAAGAUCCAUCCUCAACAUUGGUGUGGUCAAUAUUCAGCGGCUUCUGAUUCAUCCACAAGUGUGUACAAUUAUAGUGACCAGGAGAACAAGGAGAAGUCGGCAAUGUGUAGAGUUGCGGAGGUAUGUUACACCACAAGCCUGAUAUUUCUCUCUAAUUAUAAUUUUUUCAGAUUGCGAAAUACAACAAAAUCCGCCACGUCUACGAUUUGAUGGAUGAAAGUGGACCUGCACACAAAAAACUCUUCACAGUGAAACUUGUCCUAACUCAAACCGAAGUCUUCGAAGGCAGUGGUAGUUCAAUAAAACGCGCUCAACAAGCCGCUGCUGAAAACGCCAUCGAGAAGACUACACUUCCAUUACCACCCGAGAAAAAUACGCGACGAAGAAAAGGCGAAGUGCAAUUGCCGCAAAGAAUUCUUCACAAUGUUUGUCGCACGCUCAAUUUUGCCGAGCCUGUUUUUCAAACUAUUCCUGUUCCACCUGAGGGAAUGUUGCCACCACAAUCACCAUAUCAAUGGUAUCAACCAUAUUCUCCGAUUGAUCCGACUGCAAGCUCGUCGACUAAUAAUAAUCGUCCAAAACAUUAUCAUGCGGUGAGUUUUUUUUUUUACAUUUUCGAGUCAUGGUCUAUGUACAUUCUGAAAAAGUUUCUGUGAUAUUUUUCAAAAACCUUAUAACAAAAAUGAAAAUGUUUCAAAAGUUUCGAAUUAAAGAAAAAUGAGAUUCUAGGAAAAAAAUACAAAUCACAAAAUAAAAAAAAAUUCCAGUCGAUCGUGAAAAUUGGCAGUAAACAAGUUGCGACUGGCUUCGGACCAUCGAUUACUCUUGCAAAAAUGGACGCCGCUUCCAAGGCUUUGACUAUUCUCAAUCCAACACUUCAAGAACAUUCGGAACGUGUUAUCAAUUCGAAACAAGAUUGUGAAGGAAAACAAGUUGAUGAGGUAAGAUCUUUAUCAUAGUUAGAUCUUUCCGAUCAGGCUUGAUUCCGCUCAAAAAUUUGAUUUUUUCCAGAACGAUGUUCCACGCUACAAACGCAAAUCGGUGAUCAGUGAUGUUCAUGAAAAAGCGCAUCAAAUGAGAACCAAAGUUGUAUUCGAAGUGAUUUGUGAAGAAGGUCCACCACAUGAUCGACAAUAUGUUGUUCGUUGUGCUUUUGUGGACAAUGAGAAUAAAAUCAUUGCCGAAGCACAGGGAAAAGGUCGAAAGAAGAAGGAGGCACAACAAGAGGCUUGUAGUAUUCUUCUUCAAUCGCUCAGAGAUCUUGGUGAGUUGAAAAUCAAUUUUUAUCGGGAGAAUUUUUGAGAACCUGAUUUUUACAGCUCCAGAAAAUGAUCCGCUAACUGUUGUCACGACAUUGUGGAAAAACCAGAAGAAACUGUCUCAAAACUCAAAAGAUGUUCGUAGAAAGACAAUCGUCAAGGACAAAAAAAUGGAUCCAGAUUACGGUCAUCAAAUCAAUCCGGUUUCACGAUUGAUUCAAGUUGUUCAAACAAAACACAAUGAACAUCCGGUUUUUGAAUUGGUUGGUGAACACGGACAUAGUCGAUACAAGCAAUUUAUUAUUCGUGUCACCUGUGUCAAUGAAUCGUGCGAUGGAAAAGGUCCGAAUAAAAAAUUGGCGAAAAGAUCAGCGGCGGAAGCGAUGCUUGCUGCACUUGGUUAUAUCAAACCAUUACCAGCGCCUGGGAAAAGUUUGCUGAAGAAACGAUGCGAUAAGGAUAAGGGAGAUUUAUUGAUUAGCCCAAAAAGUUCUGAUGUUUCAGAAACGUGAGUUUUUUUUUGGAAAUCAGGAAAAUUUAUUUACAUAUUUCGUUAAGAAAAAUAUAAAACAAAAUUAAAAUUUUACAGUAACUCGGCAAAAUCGCCAGAUUUCUCUGAAGAAUUACACGAAGGAAACGAAAUACGAAACGAUUCAAGUGAUCGAAUGACAUCGCCACAAAGUGAAAAGAAGCAUGUCACAUUCAACAGUCAAGUUCAAGCAUGUCCACCACCAGGCGAUCAAAAUUAUCCAAACACCAUCACAAUUCCAUUGAAAAUCGAUGUAAUCAUCGAGGGAAAAAUUCGAAAAUUACGUCGUACCAAAGAGAAUCGUCGCAGUUUGACACCUGAAGAGAAAGUCGAGUUGGCAAAAAUGGCUGCCUCCUCUUUGGAUCUUAUUCAAAAACAACCGAAAUUUGUUGUCGAUGGGAAGGAGGUCAAUGCUAAGACACAACUUGAUAUGAUUUCCACGAUGUAUAAGUUUAGUGUUAGCUAUUCGGAAUUGCCGCAACAAGAUCAGCAUUUUAGUCUGGUUUCACUUGGAUUUGAAGAACCAUCUGUAAGUUUUAAGAAGUCUGACAUAAAAAUCGAUAUAUUUUAAUCAAUUGCAAUUCAAAAUUGACAAAUUUUCAUUGAAACCUGGAGCCAUUUUACACGGUGUUUCACAGAACUUUGAAAUUUUUUUGCUAAUUUUUCGAGAAGCUUCUAGAAAAAUUGUACAUUUUUUGCUCAGACUUCACUCGGAAUCAGUAAUGAAUAUUCUCAUUUUCCCAAUCAAAUAUUCAUUUCCAGGUCCAUCCCGGCAUUGGUUUCACCGUCGAAGAAGCAGCUGAAGAUGCAGCUCUCAACGCGCUCAAAAAUCUCAAUCUUUGGGAGAAUCAAGAGGAAUAG